AGACAAAAGGAAAGGAAGAGGACUCCAGCAACAACAACUCUUCCAAAUAUUGCACAAUCUAUCUGUCCUCCUACACACCCCUGUAGCUCCUCUGAUUUACAGACAUUUUUUAAACAUCACCCUCGGUUUUUGUAUUCUUUCUUGUGGAGUUUUGCAGUUGGUGACUUUAAUAGACAUUGUAUAGCUUUGUGUUUGAUUUAAAGAUAAGCCAGUCUGAGACAUUUCAGCAGAAGACUGUGGAAAGAUGGCUGUUAUUCUGCUCAUCGUGCUGGGCAGUGCCGGAGUCUUUCUGGGCACCUCUGAGGCGCAGAAGGAGUUCAGUGAACUUCCAGUAAACUACAAGAAAGGUGUGGAACUGGCUCUCCAAAAUGUGAACUCCCAUGCAGGAAUCAAGAACCAUUUUCUCUUCUUCAAAAGUCUGGGCAAGUCAGACCUUGAUGGUGGGUUUGGUGUAAGUUAUAUCUACCAUCACUUCAACCUUAAACCCACUGAAUGCCCUAAAGGAACAACAGAUGCCAGUGCUACUAAAUGUGCUUUCAGAAAUGAUAAACCUCUGAUAGACUGUGGAAUCUGCUAUAAGAUACAUGCUGGAGUGAUCCUGAACGAACCAAAGCCAUAUAUAAACUGUGUAUUCAAACCACAGUUCACACAGGACUUAAUGGCCACGAGAAUUGAACACUGCAACAAUAUGAGUUACGCGAACGGUUCUCCCUCCCUCCUGACAGUUAGGAAACUGUAAAAGAGGAAACAUACCUCCAUGUUUUAUUUUACUUUUUGCUAAUAUUUUAUCGAUUUUGUACUAGGCAUCUGUCAGACUACAGAAGUAACUUGGGUCUGUGUAUUAUGCUCUGUAUUAUGUAAGUAAGCAAUAGAUAGAUAGAAAACAUUCUUUACUUCUGUACAUUUAAAAUGAGUUUUAGUGGAUAUUGUGCACAAGUUGAGAAUCAUCUAAAUGAUGCUGUUUAUUUAGCUUAAGUUUUUCAUUCUAUAAAACUCUGGAAUAAAGAUUGUGAAUGUGAACUCUUAAAAUGUUACAAUAGUGCAAAAAUCUGAAACUUUUCGACAAUAUUAAUAUAGAUCCAUAUUUUGUGUGUUUGCACUUUUAAUAGAUUGUGACACUUCAUAUGUAUUAAAAUAUGUUUUUGGAUUGGA